GCAAGAUGUAGCUGUGCCAGCUACUUGCUCCAGAGCUGCUAAGAGGGGCUGGCAGAGUGGCCUGUCAGGCCUGCCCAAGAGCCAUGGCAAAGAAUGGACUUGUAGUUUGCAUCCUGGUUAUCACCUUGCUCCUGGAUCAGACCACCACCCAUACAUCCAAAUUAAAAGCCAGGAAGCACAGCAAACGCCGAGUGAAAGAGAAGGAUGGUGACCUGAAGACUGAAGUUGAAAAGCUCUGGAGAGAAGUCAAUGCCCUGAAGGAAAUACAGGCCCUGCAGACAGUCUGUCUCCGAGGCACAAAAGUUCACAAGAAAUGCUACCUUGCUUCGGAAAGCUUGAAGAAUUUCCACGAAGCCAAUGAAGACUGCAUCUCCAAGGGAGGGACCCUGGUUAUGCCCAGAAACUCGGACGAAAUCAAUGCCCUCCGAGACUAUGGUAAGAAGAGCCUGCCCGGUGUCAAUGACUUCUGGUUAGGCAUCAACGACAUGGUUACCGAAGGCAAGUUUCUCGAUGUCAAUGGAGUUGCCAUCUCCUUCCUGAACUGGGACCGUGCUCAGCCUAGUGGUGGCACACGGGAAAACUGUGUCCUGUUCUCCCAGUCAGCUCAGGGCAAGUGGAGUGAUGAGGUCUGCCGUAGCAGCAAGAGAUACAUAUGCGAGUUUAUCAUCCCUCAGUAG